AUGGGAAAAAACACGGUAGAAACUAAAGCUUGGCUCGAUAAGUGUUAUCCGGGUUCCUCAGCAGGAAAAUCGACUAUUAUUGACAGGUUUGCUGAUUUUAAACGUGGUCGUACAAAUGUUGAAGGUGCGCCACGUCCUGGACGCCCUAAAGAAGAUGUUAAUCCGGAAAACAUAAUAAAAGUCAACACAAUUGUUAUAGAAAACCGCAAAGUGAAGUUGGAUGACAUAGCUGAUACUCUAAAUAUAUCAAAAGAGCGUGUAGGCUUUAUUUUGCACGAACAUUUGUUUAUGAGAAAGCUGUUUUCGAAAAAUAUUGGUCAAAAACGAGAAAUAAGUGUGGAAACACGUGCAGUUAUUAUUACACUUCAUGCAGAAGGCUAUUCAAGUAGGCAAAUUGCCUCUAAAGCUAAUGUUUCUCAGACCACUGUUGUCAGAACUUUGCAAAGGACGAAAGAAACUGGCCAAAAUAAGAGCCGCCAGUGA